GUCGGCCGGCCGGCCAUGGAUUGUUCGUCCGGCCGUUAUCGAACCUUAAACUACACGUUCAGUUUUUAUUAGCGAUUUUGGACGACAGUUUUUGAUCGGUUUCGAUAACGGCCUCAGAGGUUUAAGUAUUUAACUACACACGCGCAGUUCUACGCCGUCAGUUCAAUCAUGUCCCAAGAGUACGCUGCAGGUGCAAUUGUUUUAAUCUCACAUCAGCAAAAAAGAAAAAGAAAAGCUAUUUGGAUGAAAGAGUGGUUAAAAAAACGUAGCGCUUUAUCUCACGUUGAACUUGUACGAGAACUUCGACAAUCAAGUGCAAGUGAUUUAAAAAAUUUUCUAAGGAUGGAUGAUAAUUGUUUUGACUAUUUAUUAAACUUAUUAAAGCCGUAUAUUACAAAAAAGGACACCGUAAUGCGGCAAGCAAUUAGCGCAGAAGAACGACUUCUAGUGACUCUAAGAUAUUUGGCAACAGGACGCAGUAUGGAAGAUUUAAAAUUCAGCGCUAUUAUUUCACCACAAGCUCUGGGCAAAAUUAUUCCUGAAACGUGCAAAUAUAUAUAUUUGGUUUUGAAGGAGGAAUACUUAAAGUUUCCACAAAAUUGCGAAGAAUGGCAAGAAAUAGCAAAUGAUUUUCAGAACAGAUGGAACUUUCCUAACUGUGGGGGAGCAUUCGAUGGAAAGCACAUUCGAAUAGUUAAACCAAAAAAUAGUGGCUCCUAUUUUUUUAACUAUAAAGAAUACUUUAGUAUUGUUUUAAUGGCACUUGUCAACGCUAAUUAUGAAUUUGUUUACGUGAAUGUAGGCUGCAAUGGUAGAGUCUCAGACGGAGGUGUAUUUGAGUCUACUGACUUUCAUGACAAAUUAAUCAACAAAACGCUAAAAUUGCCAUCUACACAUGAUACAACUGAGAAUUUAAAUUUUGUUUUUGUGGCCGACGAGGCAUUUGCCUUGCAUGAAAACAUUAAAACCAUAUCCUCAGAAGAAUUUGUCUCCAGAACAGCGAAUUUUCAAUUACCGACUUAGCAGAGCCAGACGAGUAGUAGAAAAUGCAUUUGGAGUGCUUGCCAAUCGUUUUAGAGUUUUUCACACAGCGAUAAAUAUGGAUCCCAAUAAAGUAGAUUUUGUAGUAUUAGCUGCUUGCGUAUUGCACAAUUUUCUUAGCAAGCAUGCAAAAACAUCGUAUACGUCUUCGAACUCGUUCGAUCAGGAAAUGUUACAUACCGGAGAAAUAGUACCAGGUGAAUGGAGGCAAAGUGGAAACCAACAAUUACAUGGACUACAACUUGGCUACCUCAGAAAUGUAGCAGAAAAUGUAAAACAAAAUCGCGAAAAUUAUAAAAAAUAUUUUAUGACAAUCGGAAAAGUAGCUUGCCAAGAUAAUUUUCUUUAGAAUUCUCCUGUUUUAUCGUUUUUUUUUCUGUUUUUUUUAAAAUUUAACGAUUCUAAGGUGAUUUUAAGAAAUUAAAAUAAAUACUUAAAAAGUAUACUUACUUCAUUUUCUUCAUUAUCUCCUCCUGUUUUUUCAGACUCGUCUUGUAUAUCUACGCAGGAAGACAGUGUUUCCCCCUACAUUCUUCUUGAUCUGUCGUAAAUAAAAGUAGGUCAUAGUACCAAAGGGAGGGCGUGUAUAUUUC